AUGAUAUAUCCCUGUCUGCCUCGAGUAAAUAACAGAUAUACUAACACGUCAUUGCGUGGGAUAUUGCUUGAUAUACACUUGCUAUCAGUGUGCAACUAUUUGGUCUGUACCUUCUCCUCACAGGUAUGCAGAUCCGCCUACGAAAGAAUGCAGCCUCGUUAUGGUGACGCUUCCGGUUGGUUUCGCUCUCUUGACGAUUCGUACCAUUUCUUCGGGCAAAAUCCACAUCAUUGGAAAGCUGUUAUAGAACAUACGAGAAGAAAUUAUAAUGAAAUAUCAUUUGAAAUUGGAGAUAUGAUAAAUAUCGCAGGUAAUCACUGGAAUGGUUAUUCAAAGGGAAUCAAUGUUAGAACUAAUAAAGAAGGACUUUUUCCAACAUAUAAAGUCAAAAGUGUUGUUGAGCGUGCAACCAUGCCGACUUACCCGGAAGUUUAAUUAUGGUGAAUCAGAAUGUAGAAUUAGAACAUACUAUAGUGGUGUUUUAAAAGACUAUGAUAUUGUGAAAAUAUGUGACAUUUGAUAAUGGGGUAAUACCGAACUGUGUGAGAUGAGUACAGUACGUAGUGUUUCGUAAAACAAGUAAAAUGAGGAGAUGCAAAACUAUCCGAACAACUUGCCUUCAUUUGAACUGUAGCAACUUAAAUAAUGAUCUUUUUAUUAGCCAAUUAGUUUCAAGUCCAUUAUGUCAAUGCGACGCAGACAUCGAAAAUGUGGAGCACUAUUUUUGCCGAUGUAAAUUAUACACUAUGCAAAGACGUAUACUUUUUUUGAAUACUAGGUCAUUCUAUCCUCUCAGUAGUAAGAAAUGAUUAUACGCUAUUGAUGGACAUGCAGAAGCCGAAAAUAUAAGACUAUUUCAGGAAGUGCACAAUUUUAUCAAAAGUAGUAGAAGAUUUACUUAAGUAUGCUUGUACAUGUACUAUAGUAUUUAUUUUCAUAUUUAAAUUAAUAUUUUGUAACGUAAUUUUCUUUUCUUUUUCAGGUUAAGCGAUUUCUUUUUUACCAUGUAGCAAUAUAUAAAACUUAUAUCGCUUACUUAAUAUACAUCUCAGAAUUUCUAAAAUCCUCACUUACUAACUAUGUAACCAUUAAGCCAACAAGAUAUACUUUUAGGGGAGGACCCUAGAUAAUGUUGGUAUAAUAACUUUUGGUCCAACCCUUUUGUAUGUUCAUUGUAUUUAUACUUAAGAUAAUGAUGUUAGAUUGUGUAAAUUUAUCAUGUCCAAAAAUAUACA